CACCGGCUGGUGGGUCCCACCUACUGAGACAUUUGAGCGUUGCCUCUUUAUGUCUACGCAAUGGCUAGACUCUGAUUUGAUGCUUUGUAGCGGUUCAGACAGAUCUCACAUAAUCAAAACAACGUUACGAAGCGUCUACGAUACGGGAAAGAUUUCAAACAUCAUGCCUGUGGCAGCCACCGGCACAGAGCAUGCAGUGCCGCAGGUGCUGGACACACUGAGUGACAGCACCAGCUCCACCACUGCCAAUGAUCUGGACCUCAUCUUCCUCAAGGGCAUCAUGGAGAGCCCAGUGAGUGCAGAGAGUCUGGAGGAGACACGACUGGAGGCCGUGAGGGACAAUAAUGUGGAGUUGGUGCAGGACAUCCUGAGAGAGCUGAGCCCCUUCACACACCGCAGCAACACCGCUGCAGAGCUGUCACGCAUACUCAACCAGCCGCACUUCCAGUCUCUGUUGGAGACGCAUGACUCUGUGGCCUCUCAGACGUGUGAGACUCCGCCCUCGAGCCCCUGUGCUUUCAUGGAGCCGCCCAUCAACAGUGUACCGGUGCCAGCUGAUGCCAUCCGCAUGGUGGGCAUCCGCAAAGUGGCUGGAGAGCAUUUGGGUGUGACGUUCCGUAUCGAGAACGGAGAGCUGGUGAUCGCCCGCAUUCUCCACGGGGGGAUGAUCGACCAGCAGGGUCUGCUCCACGUGGGUGACAUCAUCAAAGAGGUGAACGGGCGAGAUGUGGGUGACGACCCUCGUGUGCUGCAGGAGAUGCUGCAGGAGGCCAGCGGCGGUGUGGUGCUCAAGAUCCUUCCCAGCUACCAGGAGCCGCACCCCCCCAGACAGGUUUUUGUGAAGUGCCAUUGUGAUUAUGACCCUGCCAAUGACAACCUCAUCCCUUGCAAGGAGGCAGGACUACAGUUCUCCAGUGGAGACAUUCUGCAGAUUGUUAACCAGGAAGAUGUGAACUGGUGGCAGGCACGUCAUGUAGAGGGAGGCAGUGCUGGCCUGAUUCCCAGUCAACUUCUGGAGGAGAAGAGGAAAGCUUUUGUGAAGAAAGAUGUUGACCUUUCACCAGCAGCCAAUCUCUGCACUGGAAUGGUUGGCAAAAAGAAGAAGAAAAUGAUGUAUCUAACUACAAAAAAUGCAGAUUUUGACAGACAUGAGUUACUGAUCUAUGAGGAGGUGGCAAAAGUCCCACCUUUUCGCAGGAAGACGCUGGUUCUGAUUGGUGCACCUGGAGUGGGCCGACGAAGUCUGAAGAAUAAGUUGCUAGUGUCAGACCCUCAGCACUACGGCACCACCGUCCCCUACACCUCUAGGAAGCCCAAAUCAGCAGACAGAGAGAACAUGAUGUAUGCCUUCACAUCCCGGAGUAAGAUGGAAGCUGAUAUUAAAGCCGGCCACUAUCUUGAACAUGGUGAAUAUGAGGGUAAGCUCUACGGCACCAAGAUUGACGCCAUCCAUGAAGUAGUGGAGGCUGGACGCAUCUGUAUCCUGGACGUCAACCCACAGGCCCUAAAAGUCCUCAGGUCAUCAGAGUUUUUGCCGUAUGUGGUGUUCAUCAAAGCCCCAGAGUUUGAGGUGCUGAAAGCCAUGAACCAAUCUGGGAUGGAGGCAGGAGUGACCAAAUGCCGAACAGACGCAGAGCUGAAGAGGACAGUGGAUGAGAGCGCCAAGAUUCAGAGAGUGUACGGACACUACUUCGACCUCACCAUAGUAAACGACGAUUUGGAACAAGCGUACAGCAACCUCAAAUCCUCCUUAGAGAAGUUAAAGGGAGCUCAGCAGUGGGUUCCGGUUGGGUGGGUGUUUUAGAGCUCAGUACAGCAACUAGUGGAUGAUUCACGUGACACUUUAUACCAGUGUGAACUGGUGUAAAUCCACAACCUCGUGCCAAGGGUGUACACUGAUCAGAGAGCUUAUAUGAGUGCGUGUGUGAGUGUGUGAAAUCACCAUCUAUACUUUACAAAUACAGCAACAUACUGAUACAAACCUCAGAACCAAGCUUAUAGCUAACUCUUGUCUCAUCUUUUUGUUUACAGUAAACAUUCAAGUUUCAGUUCAGAUGUUUUUUUUUUUUUUUAUGUUUUACACAAAAUAUCUGAACAUCCUUUAACAAUUAAGUUAAAAAUAGUAGUCUCUCAAAGAAAAAUAUAAAUUUAUUUUAGAAACAAAACUGUAAGACAAGACUGUAUUUUGCAGAAUAUAUCUUGUUUUUGUUGUUGUUUGUUUAAAUGUAACUCUUCAAAAAGUUGUUAGAUUUAUUGGGUUAAAACAAAGAAACAAAUUUAUCAAACUUGAACUACUGUUCAAAAGUUUGGGGUCAGUAAUAUUUUAAUACUUGAGUAAUUGAUUAAAAGUGACAGUAAAGACAUAUGUUACAAAAGAUUUCUAUUAAAAUAAAAGCUGUACUUUUGAGCUCUCUAAACCCAAAAAAAAUGUUUUCCACAAAAACAUUUAAGCAGCACAAUUGAUAAGAUAUGUUUCUUGAGCAGCAUAUCAGAAUGAUUUCUGAAGGAUCAUGUGACACUGAAGACUGGAGUAAUGGCUGCUGAAAUUUCAGCUUUAAUAUCACAGGAAUAAUUUGCAUUUUAAAAUAAAAACAUGUUAAAUUGUAAUAAUAUUACACAACUGCUACUGUUUUGCUGUGUUGUUUAUCAAAUAAAUGCAGCCUUGAUAUGCAUAAGAAAAAAAAAAAUCUAAAUCGAUCCCAAACUUUUGAAUAAUAGUAUGUAUUCUCUAAAAACAAAUCUUAUGCAGAUUUGCUUCUCAAGUAAAUUUAACAAGUUACAUUGUUUAAAAGUAAUUUUGAUUUAAAAUCCACAGUUUAGUACAGGCUUACAUAAAUUCUGUUAGCAUAGGUGGUAGAUGACUGGACAGUGUUUCAUCUCUGAAGUAUAUUUUUAUUAUAAGGCUCUAUUUUGCUCAGCUCCUGUUGUUGUGUCAGGAACAUGACUUUUGUACAGCUUUUUUUUCAUAUACAUCCACAUUACAGCACUAUUUUUUUCAGAAUUUAGCGCAGGAAUAUAUGGGAAUGUGAUCAUAUACAGACUAAAAGCACACUGAGAAACAGAAACAGCGGGCAGAUAAUAUUUGCACACUAAACUGUGCAGAAGGUCACUGAAUGCAGCAUAUAAUUGAUUUCAGAUGGUUCUUUUAGCAGAUUACCAUAUCAAACAUUGUAUUUACAUAUUUAGAUAUGUUAGAAACAAUGUACAUACGUAUUUAUUUAUUUGAAAAAGGACCAAACCUCAUUGUUACACUUUAAUUGGACAAGAACCUGUGAAUUGAAGGGAAGAACAGUGCUAGAGCAUGACAUUAAGACCUUUAUAUAAAUAUCUAUGAACACGCUGUCAGUGUAAAAUGUUGUGACUGCAUGUAUCUGUGUAUCUGCUCUUAUUCGCAGCAAUUUAUUCUAAAUAAUGCUUAUUGGAUGAAAAUAUCUCUUUUUCUUACAGACAAACCCUCUCUACUUUUUUUAUUACAAAUGAUUGUUCUUCAAGUGCUAAUUUAUAUUCACUGAUUAUCAUUCAUGCCAAUGAUAUUUGGCUUGAAUAUUGGCAGCUAUUGUUUAUUUAUUUGUUUUUUAUCAUUUAUAUCUGUGUGUGAGGUGUUAGGAUUUAAGUUUUGAUAUUGAUAUUACAUUUUCUACAUAUCAGAUAAUGGAAUAAGCUAGAGGCAGGUACUGUAUAGUAGUCAUGUUUCAUGUGCAAAAUCAAUGAAUGAUUAGAAGAACAAUCUGUAAAUUGCCUGAUUUCUGAAAUAAAAUGUUUGGGGAAAUAAUGUGUUAAUAAAUGAAUAAUUAAUUGAAUGAA